AUGGCGGCUCCACCGGCUGAGAAGAAGACCAUACCGAACAGCGUGAAGUUCGCCUUCGGAGGUCUUUCCGGGAUGGGUGCGACCGUGUUCGUGCAGCCGCUCGACUUGGUGAAGAACCGAAUGCAGAUGGCGAGUAAGGCGGAAUACAGCUCGUCCUUCCAAGCGCUGCGCUCAAUUAUGAAGACCGAGGGACUGUUCGCGUUGUACAACGGGCUUUCCGCCGGGCUUCUUCGUCAGGCGACCUACACGACCACUCGUCUCGGCGUGUACACAUAUCUUUUUGAGCAGUUUUCGAUGAAAACUCAGGGAAGCCCGUCGUUCAUCGCGAAAGCAGGGAUCGGUAUGACGGCCGGUGCUAUUGGGUCUUUCGUUGGUACUCCGGCUGAACUUGCGUUAAUUAGAAUGACAAGUGACGGACGGCUUCCCGUCGAUCAGCGUCGCAAUUAUAAGAAUGUCUUUGAUGCCCUGUUGAGGACAGUUCGCGAGGAGGGCGUGCUCACUUUGUGGAGGGGAUGCGGCCCUACUGUCAUUCGAGCGAUGGUGGUGAAUGCUGCUCAACUGGCGACAUAUUCUCAGGCGAAACAGGCUUUCUUGGACUCGGGUUAUGUCAAGGACGGUAUUUUCUGCCAUUUCUUGGCUUCGAUGUGCUCCGGAUUGGCGACGACGAUAGCUUCCAUGCCGGUUGAUAUUGCUAAAACGAGAAUCCAAUCCAUGCGCAUCGUUGACGGCAAGCCUGAAUACAAGAACGCAAUCGACGUCUGGGCCAAGGUGAUCCGCAACGAGGGUGUAUUUGCGCUGUGGAAGGGCUUCACACCCUAUUAUUUCCGACUGGGCCCCCACACGGUCAUCACCUUCAUCUUCCUCGAGCAGAUGAACUCCUUCUACUACAAAUACGUGCUCGGCGAGGAGGGCCGCGCGAUGUUG